AUGGAGCGACUGAAUGAGGAGGCGGUGCGGCUGAGCCUGCUGAAGCGAGGCUUGGACUCCUCCUCGCCUGCAGGCAGUGCCACUAGCAGUGAGCGAGACGAGCUGCUCUCCAAACGCAUCAAGAUGGAGGGCCACCAGGCCAUGGAGCGCCUCAAGAUGCUGGCCUAUCUGAAACGCAAAGACCUCGCCGGCAUGGAGGGGGGAGGGUUGGGAGGGGUCUCAGGAGGCGGGGGUGGUGAGGUCAAGGGUCAUGGGUCUUCAGGGGGAGGGGCCUAUGAGGAGAAGACCAAUGGGAGCCUCCGUGGUCAAGUUGUGGGAGCCCAUGGCAUAGUGGGAAAGAGCGGGAAGGAGAACAUGGGCGAGGAGCCGGUGGAUUUCAGCGCCCGGAGAGGGUGAGGGAGGAGAGAGGAGAGAGGGGGAGUUCAAGAGGAUAGGAGGAGGGAAAAUAGAAAUCCUUCUUACAAUUAAGAAUCAGUCAGUCAGAAUUGAAAGUGUGUGUGUUCCUCCACAGUGACGUGGACAGGGAGCGACACACACCCUCCCCUGAUGUGAUCGUCCUGUCAGACAAUGAGGCGUCCAGUCCAAGAGGGCCCAGCCAAGGGGAGGAACGCCUGAGGGCAGCGAACCUGGAGAUGUAUAAGGUGUGUGUGUGUGUUUGUGUGUGUGUGUGUUACAGCACAUUAAAAGACACUUGUCCACACACUCAAUCAAACAGACUCCAACCUCUCCACAAUGGCCAAGACCAGAGAGCUGUAUAAAGACAUCAGGGAUAAAAUUGUAGAUCUGCACAAGGCUGGGUUGGGCUACAGGACAAUAGGCAAGCAGCUUGGUGAGAAGGCAACAACUGUUGGCGCAAUUAUUAGAAAAUGGAAGAAGUUCAAGAUGACGGUCAAUCACCCUCGGUCUGGGGCUCCAUGCAAGAUCUCACCUCGUGGGGCAUCAAUGAUCAUGAGGAAGGUGAGGGAUCAUCCCAGAACUACACGGCAGGACCUGGUCAAUGACCUGAAGAGAGCUGGGACCACAGUCUCAAAGAAAACCAUUAGUAACACACUACGCUGUCAUGGAUUAAAAUCCUGCAGCGCACGCAAGGUCCCCCUGCUCAAGCCAGCGCAUGUCCAGACCCAUCUGAAGUUUGCCAAUGACCAUCUGGAUGAUCCAGAGGAGGAAUGGGAGAAGGUCAUGUGGUCUGAUGAGACAAAAAUAGCUUUUUGGUCUAAACUCCACUCGCCGUGUUUGGAGGAAGAAGAAGGAUGAGUACAACCCCAAGAACACCAUCCCAACCGUGAAGCAUGGAGGUGGAAACAUCAUUCUUUGGGGAUGCUUUUCUGCAAAGGGGACAGGACGACUGCACCGUAUUGAGGGGAGGAUGGAUAGGGCCAUGUAUCGUGAGAUCUUGGCCAACAACCUCCUUCCCUCAGUAAGAGCAUUGAAGAUGGGUCGUGGCUGGGUCUUCCAGCAUGACAACGACCCGAAACACACAGCCAGGGCAACUAAGGAGUGGCUCCGUAAGAAGCAUCUCAAGGUCCUGGAGUGGCCUAGCCAGUCUCCAGACCUGAACCCAAUAGAAAAUCUUUGGAGGGAGCUGAAUGUCCGUAUUGCCCAGCGACAGCCCCGAAACCUGAAGGAUCUGGAGAAGGUCUGUAUGGAGGAGUGGGCCAAAAUCCCUGCUGCAGUGUGUGCAAGCACAGUCUUGAAAAAUGUAGAAGGAUAUUUAUGUCUUUUUGUGUGAAUGAGUGUUAGAAUAGUGCAUAGUUGUAUAGUAAUCCAUUAAUUAAUUUAAAAACACACAUUUUGGACCACUCAGAUAGUUUUGAGACACUGUAGGCAAUCAUAGUAGGCAAACAGUACAGAUAUUAAUUUGGUAUCAGCUAUAAUACAUUAUAUAAUCUAUACAUCAUUGGUAUCAGCUGUAAUACAUCAUCUAUACACAUGUAAUCAAAAACCAAGUACAAUAUAUAAAAGGACACAUUUUAUAGUUGUAUAUGUGUGUAUGGAGAGGAAAGGCAGAAGUGGGUACAGUAUGUGUGCUCAUUUGUUUCUAUGUAUGUGCUUCAGGGUAAGACAGGGGAGGAGAGGCAGAAGAUGAUCAGGGCUCUGAGAGAGGAGCUGAGGCUGGAGGAGGCCAGGCUGGUGCUGCUGAAGAAGCUGAGGCAGAGCCAGAUGCAGAAGGAGAACCUGGUGCAGAAGGUCAGUCAGUAACCCACCCAACGCUGUCCCAUCCAUCCUCUAUACUCAUCUGCUUCAGUCAGUCAUUUAGACAUUUAUUCAGUCAUCCACUCGCUCAUCCCUCUGUCAUCCACUGCUCACUCUGUAGUUCCCACUACACUCUCUCACCCACCGCACUCAUCCCUCUCUCACUCUCUCAGCCACCGCACUCAUCACUCUCUCACUCGCUCAAUCACUGCACUCAUCCUUUUCUCACUCACUUACUGCUUAUGCACUUUACACUUGGGGGAAUUGGCCUAUAUGGAUAGGGCUCUAACAGAAACAAUACGAGAAGCAUAUGCAUAACCAUUGUAGCAAUUGAAAGGCAACACUUUGGAAAUUAUGGGGAAACAAACAGUUCUCCUGACACAAGAAUCCAGAUAUUACACUGUUCAUUUUAUGUGCAUUUUACAUUUGUUGUACUUUCCGCAGCAUUUGUUGAUAAAGAAAUCUGGAAAUACUCUGGAUACAUUCAGUAACACAAUAAGAAUAUCCAUGCAAAAUUUGGGGUAGAUGCAAUAUAAGACAAAACAAUUUCAAGGGUUUGAGGGAGAGGUCAAACUGGUGUCUCCAAAUUGCUACACACCUCACCAAUGUGUGCACAGUUCCUAAGUAAUUUAAAAACACUUUUAUGAGUCAAGGAAAGAGCCUUCAGCUAUUAGAUUAUAUUUUGAGCUCUCCUAGCUGUACUGUUAAGGAACUGAAGCAAGUGCCCUUGUGUUUUUUUUGUUUGGAACGCAGCCCUGCAUCCCCACCAUCAUGCAAUUACUGUUGUUAAUUCGAUCCAAAAACGGUCCAUUACAAAUUGCAAUCAGGGUCAGGUGUGCAUAUUUGAAAGCAUAUUAUAUUUCCAACAUGAGUUGCGAAGUUAUAUAAUACGAUUUUAGUGUUAGGCUUUCACAAGGCACUUCAGAAGAACAGAUAGUAAUUUUGGUGUGCAUGAAAUGGAGCCAUGGGUGCAUUCAGGUGGUAAUUCACGGCUAAUUUUCUUCACAAUACGGCGAACAUAGGCUCAUUCUGUUCAGAACAACAACCCAGGGUAUGACGCCAUGUCAUCCUCGUAACUGUACAUCAAACAUAGCGAUCAUUAAUGCCAAAGCAAGCCAAUUGUCGAGAAGGAUGGGGGCAUCUUCUUGUUGCAGGUGGUGCUCCCGCUUAGAACAUCUGUCAGUUGAUUCCCAUAUACUGCUGUAAAACGGAUACCCAGAGCUCUGAUGUAAUGUAUAGUAUGUUACUAUACUGCUUUCCAAUUUAUGCGCAUAUCAGUGACCAAAUUUGCUGUUUUCACCCUGUAUACAGUAUUGGGUGUGAAGGGCUACCUAGAAGUUGCUUUGGAUAAAAGUGUCUGGUAAAUAACCUUACUAUAUUAGUAUUAUUCUAUGUUUGACCCCUCUAUCACCUCUACCCCUCUGCCCCCCUCAGGUCCCUGUGGUCCAGAACACAGCAUCUGCCCUCCAGAGCGGUGCCAUCCACGGUGCUCAGAGCAUGAGCAAGAUGUCUGGCCGCCCUGGCCACCACACCCCAGAGCCCCAGAACCAUCGCACUGCACAGGUGGGCUACAGCACUGCACAGGUGGGCUACAGCACUGGUUCUCUUAGGGUUCCCUUUGUGCCUUGAGUCGGUCACAAUGCAAGUUGGGCAGGCGCAAGGAAGCCAAGGAGGGGGGUUGGGGGAUGGGAUUGAACAGUAAUUAUUUUAUUUUGCAUGAGAACCAUCUCACAAUAAAGCAGAGGUCUCCUGUUUCAAUAAUAGCACAGUGACGCCAUCUCGUGGUAUGAAGUGGCAUUACCCUCUUAAAUAAUCUCUGGUGAAUAUGAGCAGGAAAAUGACAUGACACUGAAAACCGACAAACACCACCACCCAUGUCUUACUUAUAAUCUUCUUCUCCUCCUCUUCCUCCUUCUCCUCCUCUUUCCUCCCCCAGGGUCACUCAGUGAUCAGGUCAGCCACCAACAGCUCCAUGUCUCAGAUGAUGAUGUCACAGAGCAGGGUGAUAGCGCCCAACCCUGCCCAGCUGCAGGGUCAGAGGCUGGCACAGCAGAAGCAGGGUGGCAUGCGCUCCUCAACUGGCAGCUCUAACAACGCCGUUAGCUACCAGCAGGUAAACCCCAAUGUCAUCCCUGUUAUUGGUCAUAAUCAUCAUAAAGAAGUGAAAAAAAUAAAAUAAGAGUACAGAUUAUUGAAUGGGAUAAUGCAAACUUUUUUGAGAGAUAAUUAGAAAAUAAAAUUGUAUUGAUUAAAUUGUAUUUAUUGGUUCUCUUAAACUAAAGGGAUAGUUUACCCAAAUUACAAAAUCACAAAUUGGUUUCCUUAAUCUGUAAGCAGUCUAUGGACAGGGUAUGUCCAUAAAAAAAGUGCUGAAAAAGUUUGAAUACCACUGUCAUAGAGGUUCAAAAUCAGUUGUUUCCACUCAGAUGCCAGGUUUUGAGGGUUUUUACAUAAUUUUUAGCAGAUAAAUGUAGCUGUCAUGCCAUCAGACUUAAACUUAAAAACACUGUUCUGAAUGACGGGUAUGGUUCUCUGUGUGUACUUACAGUCUUCCACCCAGCAGGUGGCAGCUUCUCUGCGCUCUGGCUCCUCCUCCUCCUCGGCCAUCUACAUGAACCUGACCCACAUGCAGGCGGCCGGAGCCGCGGGAGGGGUCAGUGGGGUGUCGGGGGUGGGGGCGGUCAGCCCCUCAGCCACACACAGCCCAGGGGGGACAUCGGUGGGCUCCUCCAUGGCAGACACAGCCAGCAGCCAGGCGGCCGCCAAGCUGGCCCUGAGGAAGCAGCUGGAGAAAACCCUGCUGGAGAUCCCGCCUCCCAAGCCGCCGGCGCCACUCCUCCACUUCCUGCCGUCAGCGGCCAACAGCGAGUUUAUCUACAUGGUGGGCCUGGAGGAGGUUGUGCAGAGUGUCAUUGACAGUCAGGGUGAGGGACGGAACUGGAACCCUUUUGCUGAUGCCUAGCUAGCCAUUAGUCCUGCACACAACCAUCAAACCAACAAUGUUAUCAGAUGAGUCGGUUUGGAAUUGGGCCCCUCUCACCUCACUGAACUCUUGUGGCUCUCUCUUUAGGUAAACUGCGUUUGCCCUCCUCCAUGGAGCCCUUCUCGUGUGCCCAGUGCAAGACGGACUUCACCCCUCACUGGAAGCAGGAGAAGGGUGGGCGCAUACUCUGCGAGACCUGUAUGUCGUCCAAUCAGAAGAAGGCACUGAAGGCCGAGCACACCAAUAGGCUGAAGAAUGCCUUCGUCAAGGCUUUACAGCAGGAGCAGGUCAGCAUUCCAUUGGCUCCCCAUUGCUCUGUUCAGGCAACCAUUGUUUAUAGGGAAAGUGUGUGUGCGUGUGUGAAUAACCAUCUUUUACUAAAUUUGUCACAGGAGAUUGAGCAGAGAAUCCAGUUGCAAGCCGCUCUUGCCACCAGUUCAGCUCAAACUGUUCCAAGCGUCAGUAAGGCUGAGUCUAUGAGCAGACAUCACACACACAGACAGGUAUGUCACUGUCACCGCUGUUAAUAAGUGUUACCUACUGCAAUAGACAAUCUGUCACCACCACUUUCACUAGCAUUGUUCAGCAAAAUUGAUAAAAGGUCCAAUUGUAACAGCUGCAUAAUGGAUACUUGAUAAAUAAUCAAAUAUUGACUGAAUUAUAGCUCAUAAACCUCUCUCUUGUGCAAUAUUAAACCCCCUAUUUAUGAGAUUUGGUUGUACAUUUUCGGGAGUGACUUCCAUUGCGGCUGAGUUACUGUGUAAACACUUCAAAUUAAUUAAAUCUGAACUUUUAUAAACGUUACAAAAAUUGACCACCCACUUGUGCAAUGAUUGCUUUCUCUUCUGUCUUUAAUCCCUGUCUAAGGGUGGGGGUUGAAAUAGAUGCAUAUCAAAAAUCACAUGUGCCAUUGUUGACAUUUUGAACUGGACUGGCAUGUGUUUGAGCGGAAAGUGGAAAGUGUAUUUACAAGCAAGGGUUGGAAUGUGCAUUGCUUUUAUGUGGUUCUCUGUAGCUCAGUUGGUAGAGCAUGGUGCUUGCUAUGCCAGGAUAGUGGGUUCAAUUCCUGGGACCACCCAUACUUAAAAUGUAUGCAUGCAUGACUGUAAGUCGCUUUGGAUAAAAGUAUCUCCUAAUUGGCAUAUAUUAUUUUGAAAUAAAUCCAUCCAGCGACAAUUAUGUGACAAGAGAAUUUACACCCCACAAAAACAGGCGUAAAAUGGCUGCAAAAAGGGGAAUCCUGAGGUGGGUGGGGAAUGCACGUUACUACUUUCACAUUUCCCCAACCGUCAUCACACCCCCUUUAGUUUUCGAGGAUGUCCCGUGCUGACAGAUGGACUCUCCAUCUGAUGUGUGUGUGUGUGUGUGUCCUCCAGGCGCCUCAGCCCCAGGUGACCCAGUCCCAGGCCUCCCUCCAACGGGGUCUGUCCGGCUCGGCCCGAGGCGUCCUGUCCAACUUUGCCCAGGCCUCCCAGCUCUCUGUGGCCAGCAGCCUGCUGGGCAUGACUGGAAAGCGCAGUGGACAGCAGGGCACUAGUGGGCACAGCCGGGCACAGCAACAGCAGCAACAGCAGCAACAGCAGCAACAGCAGCAACAGCAGCAACAGCAUCACGACAACCGCCGCCAGCUCUACAGCAUCCCUGGUGAGUAGACAGACCAGUGGUUGGGCUGGGGAUGGGGCUGAGAUCUGCCAUACAACCGUAUAGACCAGGGGUAGGGCUGGGGAUGGGACUGAGAUCAGCCAUACAACUGUAUAGACCAGGGGUUGAACUGGGGAUGGGACUGAGAUCAGCCAUACAACUGUAUAGACCAGGGGAUGGGCUGGGGAUGGGGCUGACCAGGGGUUGGGCUGGGGAUGGGGCUGAGAUCAGCCAUACAACUGUAUAGACAGAAUGACUAAGUGUAGAGAGGCAGGCCUUUGUAACAGUCUCUCACUGACUCCCUCCCUCUCCAGGGGUGAACAUCGCCUACCUGAACCCAAGCAACGUGGGCGGCCACAAGGGGUCCAGCAUGGCUGACCGCCAGAGGGAGUACCUGCUGGACAUGAUCCCGCCUCGCUCCAUAUCCCAGUCCAUCAGCGGACAGAAAUGA